GUAAGGGAGAUUAGAAUGGGGAGGAGAAGACGGAGGAUCCAUCAGAGACCAGACUCUGCUGGACCUGGACCCAGCUGUGUGUCCUUUAAGAGCGACCGGUCACAUGAUCGCCUCAUUAACUUUAAAGGAGAUCAACCCUCUGCUGGAAAGAGGAUCCAUCAGAGACCAGACUCUGCUGGACCUGGACCCAGCUGUGUGUCCUUUAAGAGCGACCGGUCACAUGAUCGCCUCAUUAACUUUAAAGGAGAGGAACCCUCUGCUGGAAAGAGACUGGACCAGAAGAGCUCAGAGGGUCCCAGUGGUCAGUCCUCCCAGCAGCAUCAAACCCACCUGGACUCCAUCUUUAUGCUGCUGGAGGACAACAUCGUCACUUUUGUGAAGAACGAGCUGAAGAAGAUCCAGAAGCUUCUGAGACCAGAUUACCCAGAAUGCCCAGAGAGUCAGAGGGAGGGUGAGGAUGAAGAGCAGAGGAGGAGCAGAGAGGUGUUUCUGAAGAUCACACUGCACUUCCUGAGGAAAAUGAAGCAGGACGAGCUCGCUGACGGUCUGCAGAGCAGAAGUCCAGCAGGAGUUUGUAAACGUAAACUCAAAUCUAAGCUAGACAGGAAGUUCCAGCGUGUGUUUGAGGGGAUCGCUAAAGCAGGAAACCAAACCGUUCUGAAUCAGAUGUUCACAGAGAUCUACCUCAUGGAGGGAGGGGCUGCAGGGGUCAAUGAUGAACAUGAGGUCAGACAGAUUGAAACAGCAUCCUGGAAACCAGACACACCAGAACCAACAAUCAGACAAGAAGACAUCUUUAAAACCCCACCUGGAAGAGAUAAACCAAUCAGAACAGUGAUGACAAAGGGAGUGGCUGGCAUCGGGAAAACAGUCUUAACACAGAAGUUCACUCUGGACUGGGCUGAAGGCAAAGCCAACCAGGACAUCCAGUUCACAUUCCCAUUCACCUUCAGAGAGCUGAAUGUGCUGAAAGAGAGAAAGUUCAGCUUGGUGGAACUUGUUGAUCACUUCUUUAGUGAAACCAAAGAAGCAGGAAUCUGCAGGUUUGAAGAGUUCCCGGUGGUCUUCAUCUUUGACGGUCUGGAUGAGUGUCGACUUCCUCUGGACUUCCUCAACACUGAGAUCCUGACUGAUGUUACAGAGUCCACCUCAGUGGGUGUGCUGCUGACAAACCUCAUCAGGGGGAAUCUGGUUCCAUCAGCUCGCCUCUGGAUAACCACCCGACCUGCAGCAGCCAAUCAGAUCCCUCCUGGGUGUGUUGACAUGGUGACAGAGGUCAGAGGGUUUACUGACGCCCAGAAGGAGGAGUACUUCAGGAAGAGAUUCAGAAAUGAGGAGCAGGCCAGCAGGAUCAUCUCCCACAUCAAGACAUCACGAAGCCUCCACAUCAUGUGCCACAUCCCGGUCUUCUGCUGGAUCACUGCUACAGUUCUGGAGGACGAGUUGAAGACCAGAGAGGGAGGAGAGCUGCCCAAGACCCUGACUGAGAUGUACAUCCACUUCCUGGUGGUUCAGUCCAAAGUGAAGAACAUCAAGUAUGAUGGAGGAGCUGAGACAGAUCCACACUGGAGCCAAGAGACCAGGAAGAUGAUCCGAUCUCUGGGAAAACUGGCUUUUGAGCAGCUGCAGAAAGGCAACCUGAUCUUCUAUGAAUCAGACCUGACAGAGUGUGGCAUCGAUAUCAGAGCAGCCUCAGUGGUCUCAGGAGUGUUCACACAGAUCUUUAAAGAGGAGAGAGGACUGUACCAGGACAAGGUGUUCAGCUUCGUCCAUCUGAGUGUUCAGGAGUUUCUGGCUGCUCUUCAUGUCCAUCUGACCUUCACCAACUCUAGAGUCAACCUGCUGGCAGGAAAAAAAACAUCAUCAACACAGUUCUACCAGAGUGCUGUGGACAAGGCCUUACAGAGUCCUAACGGACACCUGGACUUGUUCCUCCGCUUCCUCCUGGGUCUUUCACUGCAGACCAAUCAGAAACUCCUACGAGGUCUGCUGACCCAGACAGGAAUUAGCUCAAAGACCAAUCAGGAAACAGUGGAGUACAUCAAGAAGAAGAUGGAUGAGGAUCUUACUGCAGAGAGAAGCAUCAAUCUGUUCCACUGUCUGAAUGAACUGAAUGAUCGUUCUCUAGUGGAGCAGAUCCAACGGUACCUGAGUUCAGGAAGUCUCUCCACAGAUGAACUGUCUCCUGCUCAGUGGUCAGCUCUGGUCUUCAUCUUACUGUCAUCAGAAGAAGAUCUGGACGUGUUUGACCUGAAGAAAUACUCUGCUUCAGAGGAGGCUCUUCUGAGACUGCUGCCAGUGGUCAAAGCCUCCAAAAAAGCUCUGCUGAGUCUCUGUAACCUGUCAGAGAGAAGCUGUGAAGCUCUGUCCUCAGUUCUCAGCUCCCAGUCCUCUAGUCUGAGAGAGCUGGACCUGAGUAACACCAACCUGCAGGAUUCAGGAGGGAAGCUGAUCUCUGAUGGACUGAAGAGUCCACACUGCACUCUGGAGACUCUCAGGCUGAGUGGCUGUAACCUGUCAGAGAGAAGCUGUGAAGCUCUGUCCUCAGUUCUCAGCUCCCAGUCCUCUAGUCUGAGAGAGCUGGACCUGAGUAACAACAACCUGCAGGAUUCAGGAGGGAAGCUGAUCUCUGAUGGACUGAAGAGUCCACACUGCACUCUGGAGACCCUCAGGUCAGACCAACAACAAUAAACUUUGAAAACACAGUACUGAGAAAUACUUUGGAGACUAAACAUGUGAAUGUUUCCAAAGUAUUUUAUUCUGAUUUAGAAUCACUUCAUAAAGAAUGAAUAAUGAACUGGGGCUAGGAUCCAGAAAUCAUUAAUUUUAAUAUCAUGUGACUUUGUUUAUUCCUGAUUAUACACCAAGUAGAUCCAACCAGACAAUCUGAUUGGUCAUCUAGACAUUUAGAACGUCCUCAAAUCAGCAUGACAGCCCCCCCAGAGACCUGGUGCAUCACAUGAAAUAUUACUCCUCCAUUUCCAUGGCAACAUUGUAACUUCCAGAGCUGAAUCAACGAAACAGUAACGUUAGCCCACAACAUCGUUACAAUGGAUUGUUUAGUUGUUAAUUUUGAUUCAUAUGGAGGACUUAGUUUUGAUGAAUGGUUGGAAGAGGAUGAGACGAGAAUCAUUGGAUGAAACAUUUAACCUCUGGAGAUAACUGUUACUGGAAUAGUUUGGAUCACAUCAGCUGUUUGGAUCACAUCAGCUGAUUUGGCCACUGACACAUCAUAAUGAGGUUUCCAGACGUAUAGCAGUUAAAUCUAUCCAUGAA